CACCUCAGAUAAGUGCGGAGACCUACAGUUCAUUAGGAGGAGAAAAUGGGACAGAAUUUCAAAUUCAAUAUCUCAGUCACACUUUUACUAAACAUAUAUAAGGAACGGAUCACAAAUUUACUGUUCAACAUUCAAAAGAUUUAUUAUCCUGUCAUGGCAGCUAUUGCUGUUCCUGUUAACGUCAUAACAAUUUUCAUCCUGACUGGGGGAAAAUGUGGGCUCUCCAAAUGUGUCACUCGAUACCUCAUAGCCAUGGCAGCAGCUGAUCUAAUGGUUGUCAUCAGUGAUUUGAUACUACGGCAAAUAUCUAUUCUUUACCCAGAACACUUUACCAUCCUGCUCUCACUUCCUUUGUGUAACAUACAUGCUGUCAUCUUGUUUACAACAACUGACUGUUCUGUCUGGUUCACUGUCACUUUUACUUUUGAUCGAUUUGUGGCUAUUUGUUGUCAGAAGCUGAAAAAAAGAUAUUGCACAGAGAAGACAGCAGCUGUGGUUUUGGGAACAGUGACUGCAUUGAGUUGUUUAAAGGACAUCACCUGGUAUUUUAUGUUCACGGGUAAAUAUUGGCUUGCGAACCUUCCGUGGUUUUGUGAUGCAACGUGGAACGUUCGGAAUUCCCGGGUCUGGGGAACAAUUGAGUUCCUUCACUAUAUUCUUACUCCAGGAGUCCCUUUUGUUCUGAUACUGCUACUCAACGCUUUAACAAUCCGACACAUCUCAGUUGCCAGCAGAGCCCGCAGGAGACUCCAAGUUCACAGCAGUGGGAAAAGAAUAAAAGACCCAGAGAUGGAGAAUAGAAGAAAAUCCAUAAUUUUGCUUUUUCUUAUUUCAGCGAAUUUCAUACUGCUAUGGGCAAUUUUCAUGUUUUUUUCCAUAUGGAACAGAAUGUGGUUUUUGGGUUAUUGUUCUGUAUUUUUACCAAAUUUUGUGCAAGAAAUAGGAUUCAUGUUCCAGCUUCUUAGCUGCUGCACAAACAGUUGCAUAUAUGCUGUAACACAAAGUAAAUUCAGAGAGCAAUUUAAAAAUGCAGUGAAAUACCCCUUACAUGUUAUUCUUAAAAUGAUGAAAUUAUAAGUAGUCCUGAACACUUUCCAGUUUCCAAGCUUAGUCAAAUGUCAUGCAUUUUCUUGCAAGCCUUAUGGCCCUAGUAUCCACAGUGAAAAACUGUUGAUGAGGUCCUUUGUUCUCGUCGAGGAUCUCUGAAAUUGCCACAGUGAAGCUGAGCAGAUAUCCCCAAAAUCCAAGAAAUGCUCUGCUUUCUCUCCACAAUACCAAUGACAACUUAAUGGUUUUUUGUUUGACCA